ACCAAAAAAAAACAGACGGUGUUUCACGUGUUGCAGUUUUUCAAGGUUGGAAAUGAUCCUGUAGUUUAUAGCGGAUUUAUAAAGUCAUGUUUAGCUUAUUACAAGUGCCUGUGUUCAGGUUUUUCAAGGUUCCUGCUUCGAGACGAUUAAAAUGUAUGUUAAUGAGCAGAUAUCAUCAGUAUAGAGGCUUAGAAUGUGGAUGUUUAUCUCAGUCCUCACUUUAUUUUGACCUGCUGUGCAAAAACAAGCAGAAAUCCUUGUGGAUAUCUAUGAAUGGGGCGUUUAGAUUCCACAGCACUGAGGAGAAAAGGUAUAAAGCUAAUAAAUCAGACUCUUACUCAUCUGUUGAACCUGACAAGGAGGAAGAAUUUGUCUUCCUGGACUACUGUGAAUCCAUGGACCAUGAACAAGAUCAUAUUUCUGAGCAGCUUCAGAUCACAGACUCCAUGAAAGAGUCAAAAGAGGAGAAGGCGUCUAAAAGGACUGUAACAGAACUGCAGCAAAAAGCUCUGAAGCUGCAGCUGAGCUCUUUAAAAGAUGUCAGAGAUCUUAACACGGACCUGGAGGAUUGUGUCGAGUUCCACGAUGUUGGAUUUCCACUUGAGCGAUCCACGAAGAAGAAGAAGAAGCAUGAACAGAAGAUCUACGGAAGUCCGGAUGCUGAGAUGCCAAUCGGCGAGACGUCCUGCUCGGGCUGUGGUGCUUUAAUGCACUGCGUGGCUCCUGAAGUUCCUGGUUACCUUCCGAGUGAGAAAUAUAAACAGUUAUUAGAAGAAGACAAACUCAAGAAGGCCAUAUGUCAGCGCUGUUUUCUGCUCACACACCACCAGAAGGCUUUGAACGUCACCAUGUCGAAGGAAGAGUACAGGAAAAUUGUGAGUCGAAUCAAAUCCGAGAAAGCUUUGGUGCUGCUCAUUGUGGAUCUCCUCGAUCUACCGGACUCCAUCGUGCCUGACCUGACGCAGCUCGUCGGCAAAAACAAGCACGUCACUGUUUUGGGGAACAAAGUGGACCUGUUGCCUGGUGAUUCCCAGAAUUACCUGAAGCGGAUCAGGAGUCAGCUGGCUCAGCAUUGCACCGACGCUGGAGUUCCUACCCGAGAUUCCAAGGAUGUUCAUCUGAUCAGCGCCAAAACAGGAUACGGGAUCGAGAACCUGAUCACAAAGCUCCAGGCAUCUUGGAAGUAUAAAGGAGACGUGUAUUUGGUUGGUACUGCAAAUGCUGGCAAGUCAACUUUGUUUAACACUCUUCUGGAGUCUGAUUACUGCAAAUCCAGAUCAUCAGACGUCAUCCAUAAAGCCACGAUAUCGCCGUGGCCCGGGACAACACUGAACCUCCUGAAGUUCCCCAUCAUCAACCCGACGCCGUACAGGAUGUUCAGACGUGCGGAGCGACUGCGACUCGCGGCGCAACAGACCGAAGACGAUCUCGAUCCCGAGGAGCUCAAGAGAAUCCAACAUUUACGUAAACAAGGCUACUUGAUCGGUCGCGUCGGGAGAACGUUCCGGGUGCCGUCUUCUAGAAAAGACUUCGUGGAGUUCGACCCAGACAGCCUCAGCUUCGGAGAGGACCCGAAUGAAGACAACGUGGGCUUACGGCGUUCUAAAGACGAAGCUCCGGAGGCUGAAUUUACAUACAACGAAAUUAAAGACGCUCACUGGUUCUACGACACGCCAGGCAUCAUGAAAGAGCGCGACAUUCUCAGCCUGCUGAACGAACAGGAAGUGAAGCUGGUGCUGCCGACGCACGCCAUCACGCCCAGGACGUUCGUGCUGAAGCCGGGGAUGGUGUUGUUUCUCGGAGCGUUGGCACGGAUCGAUUAUCUGGAAGGAAAUCAGCCGUGCUGGUUUACCGUCGUGGCUUCGUCUCAAAUCCCCGUCCACAUCACUAGUUUGGACAAAGCCGCCUCUACGUACCAGAAGCACGCCGGGAAAGCGCUACUCGCUGUGCCAACAGGCGGAGAGGAACGAAUGAAAACGUUUCCAGCUUUCGUGUCUCGAGACUUCGAGCUCGAGGGUCGAGGACUGAACACGGCGGCGACAGACAUCAAAAUAUCUUCAGCAGGUUGGAUCGCUGUAACAGCGGCGGAGUCAGAGCGCCUCCGUCUGAGAGGCCACGCCCCUGAGGAGGCGGGGCUUUGUUUACGUGACCCACCGCUCCUCCCACACAUCGUCAACGUGAAGGGGCCACGGAUUCCCAAAUCACCUGCAUACAAGACGAAAAAACCACAAGCGCUGAGGGAUGAUGCGGUUCUUUCUGGACAAAGACAGAAGACAAAAAAACGACUGUAAAUACGAAUAAAAAAAGAUUGAUGUUUUUUUUUAUUAACAGACGUUGCACUGAUUACAUUACAGUGUCCUGAGUUAGCGAACUGAUUGUAAUUAUAUGAUAAAUAUGUAAUACAUUUGUUUGCACUGUCAGAUUUAUUCCACUCGUUUGUGUUAAAGAUGUAAAAUACAGCUUCAUGUGACUGGGUGAUUUUGACUAUUUAAUAAAUUGAUUAAAAUACGAAACGAUUAUUUAAA